AUGGCCUACGCUCUAUCAGAAUCCCACAAACAAUUAAUCUCUUCGCACUUGAGCGAAUCGGAUCCUGAGGUCGAACAGAUCAUCAAGGCCGAGAUCGAGAGACAAAAGCACUCUAUUGUGUUGAUUGCCUCCGAAAACUUCACCUCGACUGCUGUUUUCGACGCUCUAGGAACUCCCAUGUGCAACAAGUACUCGGAAGGGUACCCGGGCGCCCGUUACUACGGUGGUAACGAGCAGAUCGACAAGAUGGAGCUGUUGUGCCAGCAAAGAGCCCUAGACGCCUUUGGUGUGUCCCAGGACAAGUGGGGUGUCAACGUGCAGACUCUUUCCGGGUCCCCUGCCAACUUGCAAGUGUACCAGGCUUUGAUGAAGCCCCACGAGAGACUCAUGGGUCUGCACUUGCCAGACGGUGGUCACUUGUCGCACGGUUACCAGACUGAAACCAGAAAAAUCUCUGCUGUCUCUACCUACUUCGAAUCUUUCCCUUACAGAGUGGACCCAGCCACCGGUAUCAUCGACUAUGACACUUUGGAACAAAACGCCAUCUUGUACAGACCAAAGAUCCUUGUCGCCGGUACCUCCGCCUACUGCCGUCUCAUCGACUACAAGAGAAUGAGAGAAAUCGCCGACAAAGUCGGUGCGUACCUAAUGGUCGACAUGGCCCACAUUUCCGGUUUGAUCGCCGCUGGUGUGAUCCCAUCGCCUUUCGAGUACGCCGACAUUGUCACCACGACCACCCACAAGUCCUUGAGAGGUCCUCGUGGUGCCAUGAUCUUCUUCAGAAGAGGUGUCAGAUCCGUGAACGCCAAGACCGGAAAGGAAGUCUUAUACGACUUGGAAAACCCAAUCAACUUCUCCGUCUUCCCAGGUCACCAAGGUGGUCCUCAUAACCACACCAUCUCUGCUUUGGCCACUGCUUUGAAGCAAGCUGCCACCCCAGAGUUCAAGGAAUACCAGACACAAGUUUUGAAGAACGCCAAGGUUCUAGAAGAAGAGUUCAAGAAAUUGGGCUACAGACUCGUCUCCGACGGAACCGACUCUCACAUGGUGCUAGUCUCCUUGAGAGAGAAGGGUGUGGACGGUGCUCGUGUUGAAUACCUAUGUGAAAAGAUCAACAUUGCUCUAAACAAGAACUCCAUUCCAGGUGACAAGUCUGCUUUGGUCCCAGGUGGUGUCCGUAUUGGUGCUCCAGCCAUGACCACCAGAGGUUUCGGUGAGCAAGAUUUCGCCAAGAUUGUUAGCUACAUCGACAAGGCCGUCCAGUACGCUCACAAUGUUCAGCAAUCUUUGCCAAAGGAAGCCAACAGACUAAAGGACUUCAAGACUAAGGUUGAUGAGCUUUCUGGCGAUCUAGAUUCUCUGAAGCAGGAAAUCUACCAAUGGGCCGGUGAAUUCCCAUUGCCAGUGUAA